AUGCGCCAGCCGUGGCGCCUCUCGUCAUGGGGCCCGCCGUGGGGCGUGGGGAGGGCGCUGCUGGGAGUGGUGUGGGUGGCGGGAUGGGCGGGGCUGUGCGCGUGGGUGGUGUGGUUCGCGCACACGCAGGCCGCCAAUCCGCGGGAGGAGGCGAUGCACGGGUGGUGCCACUUGCGCGUGCGCUACCUCUACCAGCGCCUGCUCUCGUCCGUCUCGCGCGUGCAGCAAAUGGCAGCAAUCCUGCGUGUGUUCAACGGGUACGGCCCCCCCAGCAGCACCAACCUGACCUACUGGGGCGUGGCGGGGUGUGCCAAUAACAACAGUCUGAUGCGAUACAAAGACGCCACCACCGCCAUGGGAUUGGAUUACCUCACCCUAGGGACAGUGCUCAUGCUCGUGAAGGACAGCGACAGGGCACUGGUCGAGUGCAUAACAGGCAUGGACAUCAAGUCUCCUCUCGGGCUGCCCUCCCCUCGCAAGCAGCACUACAUCAUCAACUUUCUCCCCGGAUACGCCUACCUCGCCAAUCUCGAGGCCUUCAUCGAUUUCUCCGCCAUGGCCCCCCCGGCGCUCCUCUCCUCCAUUCUCGAUGGCAACUCUGCCUCUUUGCCGCCUGUCUUUUUCAACAAUGACUUGCGUGUGGGCACUGUGAUGGUGGUGCCUAUAUUCCGCCAUCUCGUCCCCGAGAACGCAACACUGGAGCAGCGGAGGGCGAGUGUGAGUCCCACCGCAUGGACCGACCUCAGCUAUAUGGGCAACGACCUGCAAGACGUCCUUCACCUGCUGCAUAACGACAGCAGCGCCAGCUCCUAUUCUAUCGCCCUGUACGACACCACCGACCCGAAGCAGCCCAUUCAGGUGCUCGGCCCGGAUCCAGUCAAGAUGGAGAGCGGCACCCUCUUCCCUUACGUGCUGCCGGGCCCUGUCGUGCCUUACCCCAAGCACAUCGAGUCGUUUCCUGACGACCUGCUGGACCGCAAAUACGAGGCACACUGCAGGUUUGAGGGCCCCUACCCCAGGUGGGAGCUGGUUGUUGCUCCCAUGCUGCUAGGCCUGCUGGUGCUGGUGGUAGCCGUGCUGCUGUCUCUCGUGAUUGCCGUGCUGGCAUGGAAGAGGCGGCAGAUGGCGGAGGGGGUGAGAGAGAUGCAGCUGUGUACGGCGGCGCUGGAGAGGGCCGAGAAGUCCAAGAGUGAGACGGUGGCCAACACGUCUCAUGAGCUGCGCACGCCACUCAUCGGCGUGAUAGGACGUUUAGACCUGAGUGAGGUCGACAUGCGUCGUGUGAGUUAUGAGCCGCAUCAAAAGCCGCUGGAGAGAGUAGAGAAUUCCAAGAGUGAGACGGUGGCCAACACGUCGCAUGAGCUGCGCACACCACUCAUUGGCAUGAUAGGCGUGAUAGAAGAAUUCCUGGAGUCAAGUUUGGAGGAGUGGCAGCGUGAAGACUUGCGGGUGGCGAGGGCGUGUGCGGGCGAGACAGUGGAGCUUAUCAACCGAGUGCUGGACCUCGCCAAGCUGCAGGCCACCCCACUUCCCCUCCCUCCUCCUCCGUCCAACACAGGCAUGAUAGAGGAGCUGCUGGAGUCGCAACUGGAAGAGUGGCAACGUGAGGAUCUAAGGAUCGCGAGGGCGUGUGCGGGUGAGACGGUGGAGCUGAUCAACCGCGUGCUGGACCUCGCCAAGUUGCAGGCAGGAUGGCUGCAGCUCGAGACCCUCCCCUGCUGCCUGCGCCGCAUUGUGCACGAGGCCACUUCAGCCACUUCAGCAGUUGAUGAACCGAUAGCACCGGGGAAGAAUCUGCAAGUGACAUGCCACGUGGAGGAGAGUGUGCCGGAUGUGCUCAUGGGGGAUCCGACUCGCCUGGCGCAAGUCGUUGAGGAGCUCACAGCCCACGCCAAGAGCAAUGUUGCUGGUGGUCAAGUGGCCUUCCACGUCUGCUGCAUCCCUCCCCCGCCUCUCCCACAUGCCUCAACAAGCCGAUUCCAUCUCCCCUGCGCAUCUGCUAGUGCCGCCGUUUCCCCUGCCUCACCACCUCCUCACGCCUCCUCCUCACACCACCUCCCUUCAGGCUCCCCCGCGUGGCACCAGCUGUCUGCUUGUGUGCGCCGCCUCCCACCUUCCACCCAUCUGGCACGCCUCCCACAGCGCCACGUUGCAAGAGGCAACAGGGGGGGGGCAGGGCAGGCAGGGGGUACUUCUGAGCUGCCUCACGAGUCGCCCCUCACCCACCUCUCGCGUUUUCUCCAGCGCAUGGGGGCUUCAGGCACAGGGGGUUCAAAGAAAGCAAGUGUGGGGGAGGAGAGUGAGGAGGCACAGGGUGGGAGUGGGCAUGGGCGGUUGGAGGAGGAGGUGAGGGAGUGGGUGGAGGGAGUGUGUGCGGCAAGAGAGGAGGGCGAGUGGAUGGUGGUGAUGGCGUGUGAAGACUCGGGCGGUGGUAUACUACCCGAGGAGCUGCGGUGGGUGCUGGACCCAUAUGGGGACUCCCACCACGCCGCUGCAGCACACCCUUCUCGUGCCAGUGUUGCGGGUUCAGCCGGCGGUGAUGGCAACGACAACGACGGCGAUGACACCAAGGAUACGUUCUUCCCCCACCUCUUCAGUCGCCGGGGCAGCAGGGCAGCAGCAACUGCCUCUCUCACGCACGACCAGAGCUGGCCCCCGCUGGACGCCCUACCCUGUCUGCUUCCUGCUCUCCACUGCUCUUGUGAGCGUCAUCCUCCGCAUAUCAUCCUCCGCAUACCAUCCUCCGCGUAUCAUCCUCCGCAUACCAUCCUCCGCAUACCAUCCUCCGCGUAUCAUCCUCCGCAUACCAUCCUCUGCAUACCAUCCUCCGCGUAUCAUCCUCCGCAUACCAUCCUCCGCAUACCAUCCUCCGCGUAUCAUCCUCCGCAUACCAUCCUCCGCAUACCAUCCUCCGCAUAUCAUCCUCCGCAUACCAUCCUCCGCGUAUCAUCCUCCGCGUAUCAUCCUCCGCGUAUCAUCCUCCGCGUAUCAUCCUCCGCGUAUCAUCCUCCGCGUAUCAACCUCCGCGUGUCAUCCUCCGCGUAUCAUCCUCCGCGUAUCAUCCUCCGCGUAUCAUCCUCCGCGUAUCAUCCUCCGCGUAUCAUCCUCCGCGUGUCAUCCUCCGCGUAUCAUCCUCCGCGUGUCAUCCUCCGCGUAUCAUCCUCCGCGUAUCAUCCUCCGCGUAUCAUCCUCCGCGUGUCAUCCUCCGCGUGUCAUCCUCCGCGUGUCAUCCUCCGCGUAUCAUCCUCCGCGUAUCAUCCUCCGCGUAUCAUCCUCCCCGUAUCAUCCUCCGCGUGUCAUCCUCCGCGUGUCAUCCUCCGCGUAUCAUCCUCCGCGUAUCAUCCUCUGCGUGUCAUCCUCCGCGUGUCAUCCUCCGCGUAUCAUCCUCCGCGUAUCAUCCUCCGCGUAUCAUCCUCCGCGUAUCAUCCUCCGCAUAUCAUCCUCCGCGUAUCAUCCUCCGCGUGUCAUCCUCCGCGUAUCAUCCUCCGCGUAUUAUCCUCCGCGUAUCAUCCUCCGCGUAUCAUCCUCCGCGUAUCAUCCUCCGCGUAUCAUCCUCCGCGUAUCAUCCUCCGCGUGUCAUCCUCCGCGUAUCAUCCUCCGUGUAUCAUCCUCCGCGUAUCAUCCUCCGCGUAUCAUCCUCCGCGUGUCAUCCUCCACGUAUCAUCCUCCGCGUAUCAUCCUCCGCGUAUCAUCCUCCGCGUGUCAUCCUCCGCGUAUCAUCCUCCGCGUAUCAUCCUCCGCGUAUCAUCCUCCACGUAUCAUCCUCCGCGUAUCAUCCUCCGCGUAUCAUCCUCCGCGUGUCAUCCUCCGCGUAUCAUCCUCCGCGUAUCAUCCUCCGCGUAUCAUCCUCCGCGUGUCAUCCUCCGCGUAUCAUCCUCCGCGUAUCAUCCUCCGCGUAUCAUCCUCCGCGUAUCAUCCUCCGCGUAUCAUCCUCCGCGUAUCAUCCUCCGCGUAUCAUCCUCCGCGUAUCAUCCUCCGCGUAUCAUCCUCCGCGUGUCAUCCUCCGCGUAUCAUCCUCCGCGUAUCAUCCUCCGCGUAUCAUCCUCCGCGUGUCAUCCUCCGCGUAUCAUCCUCCGCGUAUCAUCCUCCGCGUAUCAUCCUCCGCGUAUCAUCCUCCGCGUAUCAUCCUCCGCGUAUCAUCCUCCGCGUGUCAUCCUCCGCGUAUCAUCCUCCGCGUAUCAUCCUCCGCGUAUCAUCCUCCGCGUGUCAUCCUCCGCGUGUCAUCCUCCGCGUAUCAUCCUCCGCGUAUCAUCCUCCGCGUAUCAUCCUCCGCGUGUCAUCCUCCUCGUGUCAUCCUCCGCGUAUCAUCCUCCUCGUAUCAUCCUCCGCGUAUCAUCCUCCGCGUGUCAUCCUCCGCGUGUCAUCCUCCGCGUAUCAUCCUCCGCGUAUCAUCCUCCGCGUAUCAUCCUCCGCGUAUCAUCCUCCGCGUAUCAUCCUCCGCGUGUCAUCCUCCGCGUAUCAUCCUCCGCGUAUCAUCCUCCGCGUAUCAUCCUCCGCGUGUCAUCCUCCGCGUAUCAUCCUCCGCGUAUCAUCCUCCGCGUAUCAUCCUCCGCGUGUCAUCCUCCGCGUAUCAUCCUCCGCGUAUCAUCGUCCGCGUAUCAUCCUCCGCGUAUCAUCCUCCGCGUGUCAUCCUCCGCGUAUCAUCCUCCGAGUAUCAUCCUCCGCGUGUCAUCCUCCGCGUAUCAUCCUCCGCGUAUCAUCCUCCGCGUAUCAUCCUCCGCGUAUCAUCCUCCGCGUAUCAUCCUCCGCGUGUCAUCCUCCGCGUGUCAUCCUCCGCGUAUCAUCCUCCGCGUAUCAUCCUCCGCGUAUCAUCCUCCGCGUGUCAUCCUCCUCGUGUCAUCCUCCGCGUAUCAUCCUCCUCGUAUCAUCCUCCGCGUAUCAUCCUCCGCGUGUCAUCCUCCGCGUGUCAUCCUCCGCGUAUCAUCCUCCGCGUAUCAUCCUCCGCGUAUCAUCCUCCGCGUAUCAUCCUCCGCGUAUCAUCCUCCGCGUGUCAUCCUCCGCGUAUCAUCCUCCGCGUAUCAUCCUCCGCGUAUCAUCCUCCGCGUGUCAUCCUCCGCGUAUCAUCCUCCGCGUAUCAUCCUCCGCGUAUCAUCCUCCGCGUGUCAUCCUCCGCGUAUCAUCCUCCGCGUAUCAUCGUCCGCGUAUCAUCCUCCGCGUAUCAUCCUCCGCGUGUCAUCCUCCGCGUAUCAUCCUCCGAGUAUCAUCCUCCGCGUGUCAUCCUCCGCGUAUCAUCCUCCGCGUAUCAUCCUCCGCGUAUCAUCCUCCGCGUAUCAUCCUCCGCGUAUCAUCCUCCGCGUAUCAUCCUCCACGUAUCAUCCUCCGCGUAUCAUCCUCCGCGUAUCAUCCUCCGCGUGUCAUCCUCCGCGUAUCAUCCUCCGCGUAUCAUCCUCCGCGUAUCAUCCUCCGCGUGUCAUCCUCCGCGUAUCAUCCUCCGCGUAUCAUCCUCCGCGUAUCAUCCUCCGCGUAUCAUCCUCCGCGUAUCAUCCUCCGCGUAUCAUCCUCCGCGUAUCAUCCUCCGCGUAUCAUCCUCCGCGUAUCAUCCUCCGCGUGUCAUCCUCCGCGUAUCAUCCUCCGCGUAUCAUCCUCCGCGUAUCAUCCUCCGCGUGUCAUCCUCCGCGUAUCAUCCUCCGCGUAUCAUCCUCCGCGUAUCAUCCUCCGCGUAUCAUCCUCCGCGUAUCAUCCUCCGCGUAUCAUCCUCCGCGUGUCAUCCUCCGCGUAUCAUCCUCCGCGUAUCAUCCUCCGCGUAUCAUCCUCCGCGUGUCAUCCUCCGCGUGUCAUCCUCCGCGUAUCAUCCUCCGCGUAUCAUCCUCCGCGUAUCAUCCUCCGCGUGUCAUCCUCCUCGUGUCAUCCUCCGCGUAUCAUCCUCCUCGUAUCAUCCUCCGCGUAUCAUCCUCCGCGUGUCAUCCUCCGCGUGUCAUCCUCCGCGUAUCAUCCUCCGCGUAUCAUCCUCCGCGUAUCAUCCUCCGCGUAUCAUCCUCCGCGUAUCAUCCUCCGCGUGUCAUCCUCCGCGUAUCAUCCUCCGCGUAUCAUCCUCCGCGUAUCAUCCUCCGCGUGUCAUCCUCCGCGUAUCAUCCUCCGCGUAUCAUCCUCCGCGUAUCAUCCUCCGCGUGUCAUCCUCCGCGUAUCAUCCUCCGCGUAUCAUCGUCCGCGUAUCAUCCUCCGCGUAUCAUCCUCCGCGUGUCAUCCUCCGCGUAUCAUCCUCCGAGUAUCAUCCUCCGCGUGUCAUCCUCCGCGUAUCAUCCUCCGCGUAUCAUCCUCCGCGUAUCAUCCUCCGCGUAUCAUCCUCCGCGUGUCAUCCUCCGCGUAUCAUCCUCCGCGUAUCAUCCUCCGCGUAUCAUCCUCCGCGUGUCAUCCUCCGCGUAUCAUCCUCCGCGUAUCAUCCUCCGCGUAUCAUCCUCCGCGUAUCAUCCUCCGCGUAUCAUCCUCCGCGUAUCAUCCUCCGCGUGUCAUCCUCCGCAUAUCAUCCUCCGCGUAUCAUCCUCCGCGUAUCAUCCUCCGCGUGUCAUCCUCCGCGUGUCAUCCUCCGCGUAUCAUCCUCCGCGUAUCAUCCUCCGCGUAUCAUCCUCCGCGUGUCAUCCUCCUCGUGUCAUCCUCCGCGUAUCAUCCUCCGCGUAUCAUCCUCCGCGUAUCAUCCUCCGCGUGUCAUCCUCCGCGUGUCAUCCUCCGCGUAUCAUCCUCCGCGUAUCAUCCUCCGCGUAUCAUCCUCCACGUAUCAUCCUCCGCGUAUCAUCCUCCGCGUGUCAUCCUCCGCGUAUCAUCCUCCGCGUAUCAUCCUCCGCGUAUCAUCCUCCGCGUGUCAUCCUCCGCGUAUCAUCCUCCGCGUAUCAUCCUCCGCGUAUCAUCCUCCGCGUGUCAUCCUCCGCGUAUCAUCCUCCGCGUAUCAUCCUCCGCGUAUCAUCCUCCGCGUAUCAUCCUCCGCGUGUCAUCCUCCGCGUAUCAUCCUCCGAGUAUCAUCCUCCGCAUAUCAUCCUCCGCGUAUCAUCCUCCGCGUAUCAUCCUCCGCGUAUCAUCCUCCGCGUAUCAUCCUCCGCGUAUCAUCCUCCGCGUAUCAUCCUCCGCGUAUCAUCCUCCGCGUAUCAUCCUCCGCGUAUCAUCCUCCACGUAUCAUCCUCCGCGUGUCAUCCUCCGCGUAUCAUCCUCCGCGUAUCAUCCUCCGCGUAUCAUCCUCCGCGUAUCAUCCUCCGCGUAUCAUCCUCCGCGUAUCAUCCUCCGCGUAUCAUCCUCCGCGUGUCAUCCUCCGCGUAUCAUCCUCCGCGUAUCAUCCUCCGCGUAUCAUCUUCCGCGUGUCAUCCUCCGCGUAUCAUCCUCCGCGUAUCAUCCUCCGCGUAUCAUCCUCCGCGUAUCAUCCUCCGCGUAUCAUCCUCCGCGUAUCAUCCUCCGCGUGUCAUCCUCCGCGUAUCAUCCUCCGCGUAUCAUCCUCCGCGUAUCAUCCUCCGCGUGUCAUCCUCCGCGUGUCAUCCUCCGCGUAUCAUCCUCCGCGUAUCAUCCUCCGCGUAUCAUCCUCCGCGUGUCAUCCUCCUCGUGUCAUCCUCCGCGUAUCAUCCUCCGCGUAUCAUCCUCCGCGUAUCAUCCUCCGCGUGUCAUCCUCCGCGUGUCAUCCUCCGUGUAUCAUCCUCCGUGUAUCAUCCUCCGCGUAUCAUCCUCCGCGUAUCAUCCUCCGCGUGUCAUCCUCCGCGUAUCAUCCUCCGCGUAUCAUCCUCCGCGUAUCAUCCUCCGCGUGUCAUCCUCCGCGUGUCAUCCUCCGCGUAUCAUCCUCCGCGUAUUAUCCUCCGCGUGUCAUCCUCCGCGUAUCAUCCUCUGCGUAUCAUCCUCCGCGUAUCAUCCUCCGCGUGUCAUCCUCCGCGUGUCAUCCUCCGCGUAUCAUCCUCCGCGUAUCAUCCUCCGCGUAUCAUCCUCCGCGUAUCAUCCUCCGCGUAUCAUCCUCCGCGUAUCAUCCUCCGCGUGUCAUCCUCCGCGUAUCAUCCUCUGCGUAUCAUCCUCUGCGUAUCAUCCUCCGCGUGUCAUCCUCCGCGUAUCAUCCUCCGCGUAUCAUCCUCCGCGUGUCAUCCUCCGCGUGUCAUCCUCCGCGUAUCAUCCUCCGCGUGUCAUCCUCCGCGUAUCAUCCUCCGCGUAUCAUCCUCCGCGUAUCAUCCUCCGCGUGUCAUCCUCCGCGUAUCAUCCUCCGCGUAUCAUCCUCCGCGUAUCAUCCUCCGCGUAUCAUCCUCCGCGUAUCAUCCUCCGCGUAUCAUCCUCCGCGUAUCAUCCUCCGCGUAUCAUCCUCCGUGUAUCAUCCUCCGCGUAUCAUCCUCCGCGUAUCAUCCUCCGCGUGUCAUCCUCCGCGUGUCAUCCUCCGUGUAUCAUCCUCCGUGUAUCAUCCUCCGCGUAUCAUCCUCCGCGUAUCAUCCUCCGCGUGUCAUCCUCCGCGUAUCAUCCUCCGCGUAUCAUCCUCCGCGUAUCAUCCUCCGCGUGUCAUCCUCCGCGUGUCAUCCUCCGCGUAUCAUCCUCCGCGUAUUAUCCUCUGCGUGUCAUCCUCCGCGUAUCAUCCUCUGCGUAUCAUCCUCCGCGUCUCAUCCUCCGCGUGUCAUCCUCCGCGUGUCAUCCUCCGCGUAUCAUCCUCCGCGUAUCAUCCUCCGCGUAUCAUCCUCCGCGUAUCAUCCUCCGCGUAUCAUCCUCCGCGUGUCAUCCUCCGCGUAUCAUCCUCUGCGUAUCAUCCUCUGCGUAUCAUCCUCCGCGUGUCAUCCUCCGCUUAUCAUCCUCCGCGUAUCAUCCUCCGCGUGUCAUCCUCCGCGUGUCAUCCUCCGCGUAUCAUCCUCCGCGUGUCAUCCUCCGCGUAUCAUCCUCCGCGUAUCAUCCUCCGCGUAUCAUCCUCCGCGUGUCAUCCUCCGCGUGUCAUCCUCCGCGUAUCAUCCUCCGCGUAUCAUCCUCCGCGUGUCAUCUUCCGCGUAUCAUCCUCCGCGUAUCAUCCUCCGCGUAUCAUCCUCCGCGUAUCAUCCUCCGCGUGUCAUCCUCCGCGUAUCAUCCUCCGCGUAUCAUCCUCCGCGUAUCAUCCUCCGCGUAUCAUCCUCCGCGUAUCAUCCUCCGCGUAUCAUCCUCCGCGUAUCAUCCUCCGCGUGUCAUCCUCCGCGUAUCAUCCUCCGCGUAUCAUCCUCCGCGUAUCAUCCUCCGCGUGUCAUCCUCCGCGUAUCAUCCUCCGCGUAUCAUCCUCCGCGUAUCAUCCUCCGCGUAUCAUCCUCCGCGUGUCAUCCUCCGCGUAUCAUCCUCCGCGUAUCAUCCUCCGCGUAUCAUCCUCCGCGUGUCAUCCUCCGCGUAUCAUCCUCCGCGUAUCAUCCUCCGCGUAUCAUCCUCCGCGUGUCAUCCUCCGCGUAUCAUCCUCCGCGUAUCAUCCUCCGCGUAUCAUCCUCCGCGUAUCAUCCUCCGCGUAUCAUCCUCCGCGUAUCAUCCUCCGCGUGUCAUCCUCCGCAUAUCAUCCUCCGCGUAUCAUCCUCCGCGUAUCAUCCUCCGCGUGUCAUCCUCCGCGUGUCAUCCUCCGCGUAUCAUCCUCCGCGUAUCAUCCUCCGCGUAUCAUCCUCCGCGUGUCAUCCUCCUCGUGUCAUCCUCCGCGUAUCAUCCUCCGCGUAUCAUCCUCCGCGUAUCAUCCUCCGCGUGUCAUCCUCCGCGUGUCAUCCUCCGCGUAUCAUCCUCCGCGUAUCAUCCUCCGCGUAUCAUCCUCCACGUAUCAUCCUCCGCGUAUCAUCCUCCGCGUGUCAUCCUCCGCGUAUCAUCCUCCGCGUAUCAUCCUCCGCGUAUCAUCCUCCGCGUGUCAUCCUCCGCGUAUCAUCCUCCGCGUAUCAUCCUCCGCGUAUCAUCCUCCGCGUGUCAUCCUCCGCGUAUCAUCCUCCGCGUAUCAUCCUCCGCGUAUCAUCCUCCGCGUAUCAUCCUCCGCGUGUCAUCCUCCGCGUAUCAUCCUCCGAGUAUCAUCCUCCGCAUAUCAUCCUCCGCGUAUCAUCCUCCGCGUAUCAUCCUCCGCGUAUCAUCCUCCGCGUAUCAUCCUCCGCGUAUCAUCCUCCGCGUAUCAUCCUCCGCGUAUCAUCCUCCGCGUAUCAUCCUCCGCGUAUCAUCCUCCACGUAUCAUCCUCCGCGUGUCAUCCUCCGCGUAUCAUCCUCCGCGUAUCAUCCUCCGCGUAUCAUCCUCCGCGUAUCAUCCUCCGCGUAUCAUCCUCCGCGUAUCAUCCUCCGCGUAUCAUCCUCCGCGUGUCAUCCUCCGCGUAUCAUCCUCCGCGUAUCAUCCUCCGCGUAUCAUCUUCCGCGUGUCAUCCUCCGCGUAUCAUCCUCCGCGUAUCAUCCUCCGCGUAUCAUCCUCCGCGUAUCAUCCUCCGCGUAUCAUCCUCCGCGUAUCAUCCUCCGCGUGUCAUCCUCCGCGUAUCAUCCUCCGCGUAUCAUCCUCCGCGUAUCAUCCUCCGCGUGUCAUCCUCCGCGUGUCAUCCUCCGCGUAUCAUCCUCCGCGUAUCAUCCUCCGCGUAUCAUCCUCCGCGUGUCAUCCUCCUCGUGUCAUCCUCCGCGUAUCAUCCUCCGCGUAUCAUCCUCCGCGUAUCAUCCUCCGCGUGUCAUCCUCCGCGUGUCAUCCUCCGUGUAUCAUCCUCCGUGUAUCAUCCUCCGCGUAUCAUCCUCCGCGUAUCAUCCUCCGCGUGUCAUCCUCCGCGUAUCAUCCUCCGCGUAUCAUCCUCCGCGUAUCAUCCUCCGCGUGUCAUCCUCCGCGUGUCAUCCUCCGCGUAUCAUCCUCCGCGUAUUAUCCUCCGCGUGUCAUCCUCCGCGUAUCAUCCUCUGCGUAUCAUCCUCCGCGUAUCAUCCUCCGCGUGUCAUCCUCCGCGUGUCAUCCUCCGCGUAUCAUCCUCCGCGUAUCAUCCUCCGCGUAUCAUCCUCCGCGUAUCAUCCUCCGCGUAUCAUCCUCCGCGUAUCAUCCUCCGCGUGUCAUCCUCCGCGUAUCAUCCUCUGCGUAUCAUCCUCUGCGUAUCAUCCUCCGCGUGUCAUCCUCCGCGUAUCAUCCUCCGCGUAUCAUCCUCCGCGUGUCAUCCUCCGCGUGUCAUCCUCCGCGUAUCAUCCUCCGCGUGUCAUCCUCCGCGUAUCAUCCUCCGCGUAUCAUCCUCCGCGUAUCAUCCUCCGCGUGUCAUCCUCCGCGUAUCAUCCUCCGCGUAUCAUCCUCCGCGUAUCAUCCUCCGCGUAUCAUCCUCCGCGUAUCAUCCUCCGCGUAUCAUCCUCCGCGUAUCAUCCUCCGCGUAUCAUCCUCCGUGUAUCAUCCUCCGCGUAUCAUCCUCCGCGUAUCAUCCUCCGCGUGUCAUCCUCCGCGUGUCAUCCUCCGUGUAUCAUCCUCCGUGUAUCAUCCUCCGCGUAUCAUCCUCCGCGUAUCAUCCUCCGCGUGUCAUCCUCCGCGUAUCAUCCUCCGCGUAUCAUCCUCCGCGUAUCAUCCUCCGCGUGUCAUCCUCCGCGUGUCAUCCUCCGCGUAUCAUCCUCCGCGUAUUAUCCUCUGCGUGUCAUCCUCCGCGUAUCAUCCUCUGCGUAUCAUCCUCCGCGUCUCAUCCUCCGCGUGUCAUCCUCCGCGUGUCAUCCUCCGCGUAUCAUCCUCCGCGUAUCAUCCUCCGCGUAUCAUCCUCCGCGUAUCAUCCUCCGCGUAUCAUCCUCCGCGUGUCAUCCUCCGCGUAUCAUCCUCUGCGUAUCAUCCUCUGCGUAUCAUCCUCCGCGUGUCAUCCUCCGCUUAUCAUCCUCCGCGUAUCAUCCUCCGCGUGUCAUCCUCCGCGUGUCAUCCUCCGCGUAUCAUCCUCCGCGUGUCAUCCUCCGCGUAUCAUCCUCCGCGUAUCAUCCUCCGCGUAUCAUCCUCCGCGUGUCAUCCUCCGCGUGUCAUCCUCCGCGUAUCAUCCUCCGCGUAUCAUCCUCCGCGUGUCAUCUUCCGCGUAUCAUCCUCCGCGUAUCAUCCUCCGCGUAUCAUCCUCCGCGUAUCAUCCUCCGCGUGUCAUCCUCCGCGUAUCAUCCUCCGCGUAUCAUCCUCCGCGUAUCAUCCUCCGCGUAUCAUCCUCCGCGUAUCAUCCUCCGCGUAUCAUCCUCCGCGUAUCAUCCUCCGCGUGUCAUCCUCCGCGUAUCAUCCUCCGCGUAUCAUCCUCCGCGUAUCAUCCUCCGCGUAUCAUCCUCCGCGUAUCAUCCUCCGCGUAUCAUCCUCCGCGUAUCAUCCUCCGCGUAUCAUCCUCCGCGUGUCAUCCUCCGCGUAUCAUCCUCCGCGUAUCAUCCUCCGCGUAUCAUCCUCCGCGUGUCAUCCUCCGCGUAUCAUCCUCCGCGUAUCAUCCUCCGCGUAUCAUCCUCCGCGUAUCAUCCUCCGCGUAUCAUCCUCCGCGUAUCAUCCUCCGCGUGUCAUCCUCCGCAUAUCAUCCUCCGCGUAUCAUCCUCCGCGUAUCAUCCUCCGCGUGUCAUCCUCCGCGUGUCAUCCUCCGCGUGUCAUCCUCCGCGUAUCAUCCUCCGCGUAUCAUCCUCCGCGUGUCAUCCUCCUCGUGUCAUCCUCCGCGUAUCAUCCUCCGCGUAUCAUCCUCCGCGUAUCAUCCUCCGCGUGUCAUCCUCCGCGUGUCAUCCUCCGCGUAUCAUCCUCCGCGUAUCAUCCUCCGCGUAUCAUCCUCCACGUAUCAUCCUCCGCGUAUCAUCCUCCGCGUGUCAUCCUCCGCGUAUCAUCCUCCGCGUAUCAUCCUCCGCUCAUCCUCCGCGUAUCAUCCUCCGCGUAUCAUCCUCCGCGUAUCAUCCUCCGCGUAUCAUCCUCCGCGUAUCAUCCUCCGCGUGUCAUCCUCCGCGUAUCAUCCUCCGAGUAUCAUCCUCCGCAUAUCAUCCUCCGCGUAUCAUCCUCCGCGUAUCAUCCUCCGCGUAUCAUCCUCCGCGUAUCAUCCUCCGCGUAUCAUCCUCCGCGUAUCAUCCUCCGCGUAUCAUCCUCCGCGUAUCAUCCUCCGCGUAUCAUCCUCCACGUAUCAUCCUCCGCGUGUCAUCCUCCGCGUAUCAUCCUCCGCGUAUCAUCCUCCGCGUAUCAUCCUCCGCGUAUCAUCCUCCGCGUAUCAUCCUCCGCGUAUCAUCCUCCGCGUAUCAUCCUCCGCGUGUCAUCCUCCGCGUAUCAUCCUCCGCGUAUCAUCCUCCGCGUAUCAUCCUCCGCGUGUCAUCCUCCGCGUAUCAUCCUCCGCGUAUCAUCCUCCGCGUAUCAUCCUCCGCGUAUCAUCCUCCGCGUAUCAUCCUCCGCGUAUCAUCCUCCGCGUGUCAUCCUCCGCGUAUCAUCCUCCGCGUAUCAUCCUCCGCGUAUCAUCCUCCGCGUAUCAUCCUCCGCGUAUCAUCCUCCGCGUAUCAUCCUCCGCGUAUCAUCCUCCGCGUAUCAUCCUCCGCGUGUCAUCCUCCGCGUAUCAUCCUCCGCGUAUCAUCCUCCGCGUAUCAUCCUCCGCGUGUCAUCCUCCGCGUAUCAUCCUCCGCGUAUCAUCCUCCGCGUAUCAUCCUCCGCGUAUCAUCCUCCGCGUAUCAUCCUCCGCGUAUCAUCCUCCGCGUGUCAUCCUCCGCAUAUCAUCCUCCGCGUAUCAUCCUCCGCGUAUCAUCCUCCGCGUGUCAUCCUCCGCGUGUCAUCCUCCGCGUAUCAUCCUCCGCGUAUCAUCCUCCGCGUAUCAUCCUCCGCGUGUCAUCCUCCUCGUGUCAUCCUCCGCGUAUCAUCCUCCGCGUAUCAUCCUCCGCGUAUCAUCCUCCGCGUGUCAUCCUCCGCGUGUCAUCCUCCGCGUAUCAUCCUCCGCGUAUCAUCCUCCGCGUAUCAUCCUCCACGUAUCAUCCUCCGCGUAUCAUCCUCCGCGUGUCAUCCUCCGCGUAUCAUCCUCCGCGUAUCAUCCUCCGCGUAUCAUCCUCCGCGUGUCAUCCUCCGCGUAUCAUCCUCCGCGUAUCAUCCUCCGCGUAUCAUCCUCCGCGUGUCAUCCUCCGCGUAUCAUCCUCCGCGUAUCAUCCUCCGCGUAUCAUCCUCCGCGUAUCAUCCUCCGCGUGUCAUCCUCCGCGUAUCAUCCUCCGAGUAUCAUCCUCCGCAUAUCAUCCUCCGCGUAUCAUCCUCCGCGUAUCAUCCUCCGCGUAUCAUCCUCCGCGUAUCAUCCUCCGCGUAUCAUCCUCCGCGUAUCAUCCUCCGCGUAUCAUCCUCCGCGUAUCAUCCUCCGCGUAUCAUCCUCCACGUAUCAUCCUCCGCGUGUCAUCCUCCGCGUAUCAUCCUCCGCGUAUCAUCCUCCGCGUAUCAUCCUCCGCGUAUCAUCCUCCGCGUAUCAUCCUCCGCGUAUCAUCCUCCGCGUAUCAUCCUCCGCGUGUCAUCCUCCGCGUAUCAUCCUCCGCGUAUCAUCCUCCGCGUAUCAUCUUCCGCGUGUCAUCCUCCGCGUAUCAUCCUCCGCGUAUCAUCCUCCGCGUAUCAUCCUCCGCGUAUCAUCCUCCGCGUAUCAUCCUCCGCGUAUCAUCCUCCGCGUGUCAUCCUCCGCGUAUCAUCCUCCGCGUAUCAUCCUCCGCGUAUCAUCCUCCGCGUGUCAUCCUCCGCGUGUCAUCCUCCGCGUAUCAUCCUCCGCGUAUCAUCCUCCGCGUAUCAUCCUCCGCGUGUCAUCCUCCUCGUGUCAUCCUCCGCGUAUCAUCCUCCGCGUAUCAUCCUCCGCGUAUCAUCCUCCGCGUGUCAUCCUCCGCGUGUCAUCCUCCGUGUAUCAUCCUCCGUGUAUCAUCCUCCGCGUAUCAUCCUCCGCGUAUCAUCCUCCGCGUGUCAUCCUCCGCGUAUCAUCCUCCGCGUAUCAUCCUCCGCGUAUCAUCCUCCGCGUGUCAUCCUCCGCGUAUCAUCCUCCGCGUAUCAUCCUCCGCGUAUCAUCCUCCGCGUAUCAUCCUCCGCGUAUCAUCCUCCGCGUAUCAUCCUCCGCGUAUCAUCCUCCGCGUAUCAUCCUCCGCGUGUCAUCCUCCGCGUAUCAUCCUCCGCGUAUCAUCCUCCGCGUGUCAUCCUCCGCGUGUCAUCCUCCGCGUAUCAUCCUCCGCGUAUUAUCCUCCGCGUGUCAUCCUCCGCGUAUCAUCCUCUGCGUAUCAUCCUCCGCGUAUCAUCCUCCGCGUGUCAUCCUCCGCGUGUCAUCCUCCGCGUAUCAUCCUCCGCGUAUCAUCCUCCGCGUAUCAUCCUCCGCGUAUCAUCCUCCGCGUAUCAUCCUCCGCGUGUCAUCCUCCGCGUAUCAUCCUCUGCGUAUCAUCCUCUGCGUAUCAUCCUCCGCGUGUCAUCCUCCGCGUAUCAUCCUCCGCGUAUCAUCCUCCGCGUGUCAUCCUCCGCGUGUCAUCCUCCGCGUAUCAUCCUCCGCGUGUCAUCCUCCGCGUAUCAUCCUCCGCGUAUCAUCCUCCGCGUAUCAUCCUCCGCGUGUCAUCCUCCGCGUGUCAUCCUCCGCGUAUCAUCCUCCGCGUAUCAUCCUCCGCGUGUCAUCUUCCGCGUAUCAUCCUCCGCGUAUCAUCCUCCGCGUGUCAUCCUCCGCGUAUCAUCCUCCGCGUAUCAUCCUCCGCGUAUCAUCCUCCGCGUAUCAUCCUCCGCGUAUCAUCCUCCGCGUAUCAUCCUCCGCGUAUCAUCCUCCGCGUGUCAUCCUCCGCGUAUCAUCCUCCGCGUAUCAUCCUCCGCGUAUCAUCCUCCGCGUGUCAUCCUCCGCGUAUCAUCCUCCGCGUAUCAUCCUCCGCGUAUCAUCCUCCGCGUAUCAUCCUCCGCGUAUCAUCCUCCGCGUAUCAUCCUCCGCGUGUCAUCCUCCGCGUAUCAUCCUCCGCGUAUCAUCCUCCGCGUAUCAUCCUCCGCGUGUCAUCCUCCGCGUGUCAUCCUCCGCGUAUCAUCCUCCGCGUAUCAUCCUCCGCGUAUCAUCCUCCGCGUGUCAUCCUCCUCGUGUCAUCCUCCGCGUAUCAUCCUCCGCGUAUCAUCCUCCGCGUAUCAUCCUCCGCGUGUCAUCCUCCGCGUGUCAUCCUCCGCGUAUCAUCCUCCGCGUAUCAUCCUCCGCGUAUCAUCCUCCACGUAUCAUCCUCCGCGUAUCAUCCUCCGCGUGUCAUCCUCCGCGUAUCAUCCUCCGCGUAUCAUCCUCCGCGUAUCAUCCUCCGCGUGUCAUCCUCCGCGUGUCAUCCUCCGCGUAUCAUCCUCCGCGUAUUAUCCUCCGCGUGUCAUCCUCCGCGUAUCAUCCUCUGCGUAUCAUCCUCCGCGUAUCAUCCUCCGCGUGUCAUCCUCCGCGUGUCAUCCUCCGCGUAUCAUCCUCCGCGUAUCAUCCUCCGCGUAUCAUCCUCCGCGUAUCAUCCUCCGCGUAUCAUCCUCCGCGUGUCAUCCUCCGCGUAUCAUCCUCCGCGUAUCAUCCUCCGCGUAUCAUCCUCCGCGUGUCAUCCUCCGCGUGUCAUCCUCCGCGUAUCAUCCUCCGCGUAUCAUCCUCCGCGUAUCAUCCUCCGCGUGUCAUCCUCCUCGUGUCAUCCUCCGCGUAUCAUCCUCCGCGUGUCAUCCUCCGCGUAUCAUCCUCCGCGUAUCAUCCUCCGCGUAUUAUCCUCCGCGUGUCAUCCUCCGCGUAUCAUCCUCUGCGUAUCAUCCUCCGCGUAUCAUCCUCCGCGUGUCAUCCUCCGCGUAUCAUCCUCCGCGUAUCAUCCUCCGCGUAUCAUCCUCCGCGUAUCAUCCUCCGCGUAUCAUCCUCCGCGUAUCAUCCUCCGCGUAUCAUCCUCUGCGUAUCAUCCUCCGCGUAUCAUCCUCCGCGUAUCAUCCUCCGCGUAUCAUCCUCCGCGUGUCAUCCUCCGCGUGUCAUCCUCCGUGUAUCAUCCUCCGUGUAUCAUCCUCCGCGUAUCAUCCUCCGCGUAUCAUCCUCCGCGUGUCAUCCUCCGCGUAUCAUCCUCCGCGUAUCAUCCUCCGCGUAUCAUCCUCCGCGUGUCAUCCUCCGCGUAUCAUCCUCCGCGUAUCAUCCUCCGCGUAUCAUCCUCCGCGUAUCAUCCUCCGCGUGUCAUCCUCCGCGUAUCAUCCUCCGCGUAUCAUCCUCCGCGUAUUAUCCUCCGCGUGUCAUCCUCCGCGUAUCAUCCUCUGCGUAUCAUCCUCCGCGUAUCAUCCUCCGCGUGUCAUCCUCCGCGUAUCAUCCUCCGCGUAUCAUCCUCCGCGUAUCAUCCUCCGCGUAUCAUCCUCCGCGUAUCAUCCUCCGCGUAUCAUCCUCCGCGUAUCAUCCUCCGCGUAUCAUCCUCCGCGUAUCAUCCUCCGCGUAUCAUCCUCCGCGUGUCAUCCUCCGCGUGUCAUCCUCCGUGUAUCAUCCUCCGUGUAUCAUCCUCCGCGUAUCAUCCUCCGCGUAUCAUCCUCCGCGUGUCAUCCUCCGCGUAUCAUCCUCCGCGUAUCAUCCUCCGCGUAUCAUCCUCCGCGUGUCAUCCUCCGCGUGUCAUCCUCCGCGUAUCAUCCUCCGCGUAUUAUCCUCCGCGUGUCAUCCUCCGCGUAUCAUCCUCUGCGUAUCAUCCUCCGCGUAUCAUCCUCCGCGUGUCAUCCUCCGCGUGUCAUCCUCCGCGUAUCAUCCUCCGCGUAUCAUCCUCCGCGUAUCAUCCUCCGCGUAUCAUCCUCCGCGUAUCAUCCUCCGCGUGUCAUCCUCCGCGUAUCAUCCUCCGCGUAUCAUCCUCCGCGUAUCAUCCUCCGCGUGUCAUCCUCCGCGUGUCAUCCUCCGCGUAUCAUCCUCCGCGUAUCAUCCUCCGCGUAUCAUCCUCCGCGUGUCAUCCUCCUCGUGUCAUCCUCCGCGUAUCAUCCUCCGCGUAUCAUCCUCCGCGUAUCAUCCUCCGCGUGUCAUCCUCCGCGUGUCAUCCUCCGCGUAUCAUCCUCCGCGUAUUAUCCUCCGCGUGUCAUCCUCCGCGUAUCAUCCUCUGCGUAUCAUCCUCCGCGUAUCAUCCUCCGCGUGUCAUCCUCCGCGUGUCAUCCUCCGCGUAUCAUCCUCCGCGUAUCAUCCUCCGCGUAUCAUCCUCCGCGUAUCAUCCUCCGCGUAUCAUCCUCCGCGUGUCAUCCUCCGCGUAUCAUCCUCUGCGUAUCAUCCUCUGCGUAUCAUCCUCCGCGUGUCAUCCUCCGCGUAUCAUCCUCCGCGUAUCAUCCUCCGCGUGUCAUCCUCCGCGUGUCAUCCUCCGCGUAUCAUCCUCCGCGUGUCAUCCUCCGCGUAUCAUCCUCCGCGUAUCAUCCUCCGCGUAUCAUCCUCCGCGUGUCAUCCUCCGCGUGUCAUCCUCCGCGUAUCAUCCUCCGCGUAUCAUCCUCCGCGUGUCAUCUUCCGCGUAUCAUCCUCCGCGUAUCAUCCUCCGCGUAUCAUCCUCCGCGUAUCAUCCUCCGCGUGUCAUCCUCCGCGUAUCAUCCUCCGCGUAUCAUCCUCCGCGUAUCAUCCUCCGCGUAUCAUCCUCCGCGUAUCAUCCUCCGCGUAUCAUCCUCCGCGUAUCAUCCUCCGCGUGUCAUCCUCCGCGUAUCAUCCUCCGCGUAUCAUCCUCCGCGUGUCAUCCUCCGCGUGUCAUCCUCCGCGUAUCAUCCUCCGCGUAUCAUCCUCCGCGUAUCAUCCUCCGCGUGUCAUCCUCCUCGUGUCAUCCUCCGCGUAUCAUCCUCCGCGUAUCAUCCUCCGCGUAUCAUCCUCCGCGUGUCAUCCUCCGCGUGUCAUCCUCCGCGUAUCAUCCUCCGCGUAUCAUCCUCCGCGUAUCAUCCUCCGCGUAUCAUCCUCCGCGUAUCAUCCUCCGCGUGUCAUCCUCCGCGUAUCAUCCUCCGCGUAUCAUCCUCCGCGUAUCAUCCUCCGCGUGUCAUCCUCCGCGUGUCAUCCUCCGCGUAUCAUCCUCCGCGUAUCAUCCUCCGCGUAUCAUCCUCCGCGUGUCAUCCUCCUCGUGUCAUCCUCCGCGUAUCAUCCUCCGCGUAUCAUCCUCCGCGUAUCAUCCUCCGCGUGUCAUCCUCCGCGUGUCAUCCUCCGCGUAUCAUCCUCCGCGUAUCAUCCUCCGCGUAUCAUCCUCCACGUAUCAUCCUCCGCGUAUCAUCCUCCGCGUGUCAUCCUCCGCGUAUCAUCCUCCGCGUAUCAUCCUCCGCGUAUCAUCCUCCGCGUGUCAUCCUCCGCGUAUCAUCCUCCGCGUAUCAUCCUCCGCGUAUCAUCCUCCGCGUGUCAUCCUCCGCGUAUCAUCCUCCGCGUAUCAUCCUCCGCGUAUCAUCCUCCGCGUAUCAUCCUCCGCGUGUCAUCCUCCGCGUAUCAUCCUCCGCGUAUCAUCCUCCGCGUAUCAUCCUCCGCGUAUCAUCCUCCGCGUAUCAUCCUCCGCGUGUCAUCCUCCGCGUAUCAUCCUCCGCGUAUCAUCCUCCGCGUAUCAUCCUCCGCGUGUCAUCCUCCGCGUAUCAUCCUCCGCGUAUCAUCCUCCGCGUGUCAUCCUCCGCGUGUCAUCCUCCGCGUAUCAUCCUCCGCGUGUCAUCCUCCGCGUGUCAUCCUCCGCGUAUCAUCCUCCGCGUAUUAUCCUCCGCGUGUCAUCCUCCGCGUGUCAUCCUCUGCAUAUCAUCCUCCGCGUAUCAUCCUCCGCGUGUCAUCCUCCGCGUAUCAUCCUCCGCGUAUCAUCCUCCGCGUAUCAUCCUCCGCGUAUCAUCCUCCGCGUGUCAUCCUCCGCGUAUCAUCCUCCGAGUAUCAUCCUCCGCGUAUCAUCCUCCGCGUAUCAUCCUCCGCGUAUCAUCCUCCGCGUAUCAUCCUCCGCGUAUCAUCCUCCGCGUAUCAUCCUCCGCGUAUCAUCCUCCGCGUAUCAUCCUCCGCGUAUCAUCCUCCACGUAUCAUCCUCCGCGUGUCAUCCUCCGCGUAUCAUCCUCCGCGUAUCAUCCUCCGCGUAUCAUCCUCCGCGUAUCAUCCUCCGCGUGUCAUCCUCCGCGUAUCAUCCUCCGCGUAUCAUCCUCCGCGUAUCAUCCUCCGCGUAUCAUCCUCCGCGUAUCAUCCUCUGCGUAUCAUCCUCUGCGUAUCAUCCUCUGCGUAUCAUCCUCCGCGUAUCAUCCUCCGCGUAUCAUCCUCCGCGUAUCAUCCUCCGCGUAUCAUCCUCCGCGUAUCAUCCUCCGCGUAUCAUCCUCCGUGUGUCAUCCUCCGCGUGUCAUCCUCCGCGUAUCAUCCUCUGCGUAUCAUCCUCUGCGUAUCAUCCUCCGCGUGUCAUCCUCCGUGUGUCAUCCUCCGCGUAUCAUCCUCCGCGUAUCAUCCUCCGCGUGUCAUCCUCCGCGUAUCAUCCUCCGCGUAUCAUCCUCCGCGUAUCAUCCUCCGCGUGUCAUCCUCCGCGUAUCAUCCUCCGCGUAUCAUCCUCCGCGUAUCAUCCUCCGCGUGUCAUCCUCCGCGUGUCAUCCUCCGCGUAUCAUCCUCCGCGUGUCAUCCUCCGCGUGUCAUCCUCCGAGUAUCAUCCUCCGAGUAUCAUCCUCCGCGUAUCAUCCUCCGAGUAUCAUCCUCCGCGUAUCAUCCUCCGCGUAUCAUCCUCCGCGUAUCAUCCUCCGCGUAUCAUCCUCCGCGUAUCAUCCUCCGCGUGUCAUCCUCCGCGUAUCAUCCUCCGCGUAUCAUCCUCCGCGUGUCAUCCUCCGUGUGUCAUCCUCCGCGUAUCAUCCUCCGCGUAUCAUCCUCCGCGUGUCAUCCUCCGCGUAUCAUCCUCCGCGUAUCAUCCUCCGCGUAUCAUCCUCCGCGUGUCAUCCUCCGCGUAUCAUCCUCCGCGUAUCAUCCUCCGCGUAUCAUCCUCCGCGUGUCAUCCUCCGCGUGUCAUCCUCCGCGUAUCAUCCUCCGCGUGUCAUCCUCCGCGUGUCAUCCUCCGAGUAUCAUCCUCCGAGUAUCAUCCUCCGCGUAUCAUCCUCCGAGUAUCAUCCUCCGCGUAUCAUCCUCCGCGUAUCAUCCUCCGCGUAUCAUCCUCCGCGUAUCAUCCUCCGCGUAUCAUCCUCCGCGUAUCAUCCUCCGCGUAUCAUCCUCCGCGUAUCAUCCUCCGCGUAUCAUCCUCCGCGUAUCAUCCUCCGCGUAUCAUCCUCCGUGUAUCAUCCUCCGCGUAUCAUCCUCCGCGUAUCAUCCUCCGCGUGUCAUCCUCCGCGUAUCAUCCUCCGCGUAUCAUCCUCCGCGUAUCAUCCUCCGCGUAUCAUCCUCCGCGUGUCAUCCUCCGCGUAUCAUCCUCCGCGUAUCAUCCUCCGCGUAUCAUCCUCCGCGUGUCAUCCUCCGCGUGUCAUCCUCCGCGUAUCAUCCUCCGCGUAUUAUCCUCCGCGUGUCAUCCUCCGCGUGUCAUCCUCUGCAUAUCAUCCUCCGCGUAUCAUCCUCCGCGUGUCAUCCUCCGCGUGUCAUCCUCCGCGUAUCAUCCUCCGCGUAUCAUCCUCCGCGUAUCAUCCUCCGCGUAUCAUCCUCCGCGUAUCAUCCUCCGCGUAUCAUCCUCCGCGUAUCAUCCUCCGCGUAUCAUCCUCCGCGUAUCAUCCUCCGCGUAUCAUCCUCCGCGUGUCAUCCUCCGCGUGUCAUCCUCCGCGUGUCAUCCUCCGUGUAUCAUCCUCCGCGUAUCAUCCUCCGCGUAUCAUCCUCCGCGUGUCAUCCUCCGCGUGUCAUCCUCCGCGUAUCAUCCUCCGCGUAUCAUCCUCCGCGUGUCAUCCUCCGCGUGUCAUCCUCCGCGUAUCAUCCUCCGCGUAUUAUCCUCCGCGUGUCAUCCUCCGCGUAUCAUCCUCUGCGUAUCAUCCUCCGCGUAUCAUCCUCCGCGUGUCAUCCUCCGCGUGUCAUCCUCCGCGUGUCAUCCUCCGCGUAUCAUCCUCCGCGUAUCAUCCUCCGCGUAUCAUCCUCCGCGUAUCAUCCUCCGCGUGUCAUCCUCCGCGUAUCAUCCUCCGCGUAUCAUCCUCCGCGUGUCAUCCUCCGCGUGUCAUCCUCCGCGUGUCAUCCUCCGCGUAUCAUCCUCCGCGUAUCAUCCUCCGCGUAUCAUCCUCCGCGUGUCAUCCUCCUCGUGUCAUCCUCCGCGUAUCAUCCUCCGCGUAUCAUCCUCCGCGUAUCAUCCUCCGCGUGUCAUCCUCCGCGUGUCAUCCUCCGCGUAUCAUCCUCCGCGUAUUAUCCUCCGCGUGUCAUCCUCCGCGUAUCAUCCUCUGCGUAUCAUCCUCCGCGUAUCAUCCUCCGCGUGUCAUCCUCCGCGUGUCAUCCUCCGCGUAUCAUCCUCCGCGUAUCAUCCUCCGCGUAUCAUCCUCCGCGUAUCAUCCUCCGCGUAUCAUCCUCCGCGUGUCAUCCUCCGCGUAUCAUCCUCUGCGUAUCAUCCUCUGCGUAUCAUCCUCCGCGUGUCAUCCUCCGCGUAUCAUCCUCCGCGUAUCAUCCUCCGCGUGUCAUCCUCCGCGUGUCAUCCUCCGCGUAUCAUCCUCCGCGUGUCAUCCUCCGCGUAUCAUCCUCCGCGUAUCAUCCUCCGCGUAUCAUCCUCCGCGUGUCAUCCUCCGCGUGUCAUCCUCCGCGUAUCAUCCUCCGCGUAUCAUCCUCCGCGUGUCAUCUUCCGCGUAUCAUCCUCCGCGUAUCAUCCUCCGCGUAUCAUCCUCCGCGUAUCAUCCUCCGCGUGUCAUCCUCCGCGUAUCAUCCUCCGCGUAUCAUCCUCCGCGUAUCAUCCUCCGCGUAUCAUCCUCCGCGUAUCAUCCUCCGCGUAUCAUCCUCCGCGUAUCAUCCUCCGCGUGUCAUCCUCCGCGUAUCAUCCUCCGCGUAUCAUCCUCCGCGUAUCAUCCUCCGCGUAUCAUCCUCCGCGUAUCAUCCUCCGCGUAUCAUCCUCCGCGUAUCAUCCUCCGCGUGUCAUCCUCCGCGUAUCAUCCUCCGCGUAUCAUCCUCCGCGUAUCAUCCUCCGCGUGUCAUCCUCCGCGUAUCAUCCUCCGCGUAUCAUCCUCCGCGUAUCAUCCUCCGCGUAUCAUCCUCCGCGUAUCAUCCUCCGCGUAUCAUCCUCCGCGUGUCAUCCUCCGCGUAUCAUCCUCCGCGUAUCAUCCUCCGCGUAUCAUCCUCCGCGUGUCAUCCUCCGCGUGUCAUCCUCCGCGUAUCAUCCUCCGCGUAUCAUCCUCCGCGUAUCAUCCUCCGCGUGCCAUCCUCCUCGUGUCAUCCUCCGCGUAUCAUCCUCCGCGUAUCAUCCUCCGCGUAUCAUCCUCCGCGUGUCAUCCUCCGCGUGUCAUCCUCCGCGUAUCAUCCUCCGCGUAUCAUCCUCCGCGUAUCAUCCUCCACGUAUCAUCCUCCGCGUAUCAUCCUCCGCGUGUCAUCCUCCGCGUAUCAUCCUCCGCGUAUCAUCCUCCGCGUAUCAUCCUCCGCGUGUCAUCCUCCGCGUAUCAUCCUCCGCGUAUCAUCCUCCGCGUAUCAUCCUCCGCGUGUCAUCCUCCGCGUAUCAUCCUCCGCGUAUCAUCCUCCGCGUAUCAUCCUCCGCGUAUCAUCCUCCGCGUGUCAUCCUCCGCGUAUCAUCCUCCGAGUAUCAUCCUCCGCGUAUCAUCCUCCGCGUAUCAUCCUCCGCGUAUCAUCCUCCGCGUAUCAUCCUCCGCGUAUCAUCCUCCGCGUAUCAUCCUCCGCGUAUCAUCCUCCGCGUAUCAUCCUCCGCGUAUCAUCCUCCGCGUAUCAUCCUCCACGUAUCAUCCUCCGCGUGUCAUCCUCCGCGUAUCAUCCUCCGCGUAUCAUCCUCCGCGUAUCAUCCUCCGCGUAUCAUCCUCCGCGUGUCAUCCUCCGCGUAUCAUCCUCCGCGUAUCAUCCUCCGCGUAUCAUCCUCCGCGUAUCAUCCUCCGCGUAUCAUCCUCUGCGUAUCAUCCUCUGCGUAUCAUCCUCUGCGUAUCAUCCUCCGCGUAUCAUCCUCCGCGUAUCAUCCUCCGCGUAUCAUCCUCCGCGUAUCAUCCUCCGCGUAUCAUCCUCCGCGUAUCAUCCUCCGUGUGUCAUCCUCCGCGUAUCAUCCUCCGCGUAUCAUCCUCCGCGUAUCAUCCUCCGCGUAUCAUCCUCCGCGUAUCAUCCUCCGCGUGUCAUCCUCCGCGUAUCAUCCUCCGCGUAUCAUCCUCCGCGUAUCAUCCUCCGCGUGUCAUCCUCCGCGUGUCAUCCUCCGCGUAUCAUCCUCCGCGUAUUAUCCUCCGCGUGUCAUCCUCCGCGUGUCAUCCUCUGCGUAUCAUCCUCCGCGUAUCAUCCUCCGCGUAUCAUCCUCCGCGUAUCAUCCUCUGCGUAUCAUCCUCCGCGUGUCAUCCUCCGCGUAUCAUCCUCCGCGUAUCAUCCUCCGCGUAUCAUCCUCCGCGUGUCAUCCUCCGCGUGUCAUCCUCCGCGUAUCAUCCUCCGCGUAUUAUCCUCCGCGUGUCAUCCUCCGCGUAUCAUCCUCUGCGUAUCAUCCUCCGCGUAUCAUCCUCCGCGUGUCAUCCUCCGCGUGUCAUCCUCCGCGUAUCAUCCUCCGCGUAUCAUCCUCCGCGUAUCAUCCUCCGCGUAUCAUCCUCCGCGUAUCAUCCUCCGCGUGUCAUCCUCCGCGUAUCAUCCUCCGCGUAUCAUCCUCCGCGUAUCAUCCUCCGCGUAUCAUCCUCCGCGUAUCAUCCUCCGCGUGUCAUCCUCCGCGUAUCAUCCUCCGCGUAUCAUCCUCCGCGUAUCAUCCUCCGCGUAUCAUCCUCCGCGUAUCAUCCUCUGCGUAUCAUCCUCUGCGUAUCAUCCUCUGCGUAUCAUCCUCCGCGUGUCAUCCUCCGCGUAUCAUCCUCCGCGUAUCAUCCUCCGCGUAUCAUCCUCCGCGUGCCAUCCUCCUCGUGUCAUCCUCCGCGUAUCAUCCUCCGCGUAUCAUCCUCCGCGUAUCAUCCUCCGCGUGUCAUCCUCCGCGUGUCAUCCUCCGCGUAUCAUCCUCCGCGUAUCAUCCUCCGCGUAUCAUCCUCCACGUAUCAUCCUCCGCGUAUCAUCCUCCGCGUGUCAUCCUCCGCGUAUCAUCCUCCGCGUAUCAUCCUCCGCGUAUCAUCCUCCGCGUGUCAUCCUCCGCGUAUCAUCCUCCGCGUAUCAUCCUCCGCGUAUCAUCCUCCGCGUGUCAUCCUCCGCGUAUCAUCCUCCGCGUAUCAUCCUCCGCGUAUCAUCCUCCGCGUAUCAUCCUCCGCGUGUCAUCCUCCGCGUAUCAUCCUCCGAGUAUCAUCCUCCGCGUAUCAUCCUCCGCGUAUCAUCCUCCGCGUAUCAUCCUCCGCGUAUCAUCCUCCGCGUAUCAUCCUCCGCGUAUCAUCCUCCGCGUAUCAUCCUCCGCGUAUCAUCCUCCGCGUAUCAUCCUCCGCGUAUCAUCCUCCACGUAUCAUCCUCCGCGUGUCAUCCUCCGCGUAUCAUCCUCCGCGUAUCAUCCUCCGCGUAUCAUCCUCCGCGUAUCAUCCUCCGCGUGUCAUCCUCCGCGUAUCAUCCUCCGCGUAUCAUCCUCCGCGUAUCAUCCUCCGCGUAUCAUCCUCCGCGUAUCAUCCUCUGCGUAUCAUCCUCUGCGUAUCAUCCUCUGCGUAUCAUCCUCCGCGUAUCAUCCUCCGCGUAUCAUCCUCCGCGUAUCAUCCUCCGCGUAUCAUCCUCCGCGUAUCAUCCUCCGCGUAUCAUCCUCCGUGUGUCAUCCUCCGCGUAUCAUCCUCCGCGUAUCAUCCUCCGCGUAUCAUCCUCCGCGUAUCAUCCUCCGCGUAUCAUCCUCCGCGUGUCAUCCUCCGCGUAUCAUCCUCCGCGUAUCAUCCUCCGCGUAUCAUCCUCCGCGUGUCAUCCUCCGCGUGUCAUCCUCCGCGUAUCAUCCUCCGCGUAUUAUCCUCCGCGUGUCAUCCUCCGCGUGUCAUCCUCUGCGUAUCAUCCUCCGCGUAUCAUCCUCCGCGUAUCAUCCUCCGCGUAUCAUCCUCUGCGUAUCAUCCUCCGCGUGUCAUCCUCCGCGUAUCAUCCUCCGCGUAUCAUCCUCCGCGUAUCAUCCUCCGCGUGUCAUCCUCCGCGUGUCAUCCUCCGCGUAUCAUCCUCCGCGUAUUAUCCUCCGCGUGUCAUCCUCCGCGUAUCAUCCUCUGCGUAUCAUCCUCCGCGUAUCAUCCUCCGCGUGUCAUCCUCCGCGUGUCAUCCUCCGCGUAUCAUCCUCCGCGUAUCAUCCUCCGCGUAUCAUCCUCCGCGUAUCAUCCUCCGCGUAUCAUCCUCCGCGUGUCAUCCUCCGCGUAUCAUCCUCCGCGUAUCAUCCUCCGCGUAUCAUCCUCCGCGUGUCAUCCUCCGCGUGUCAUCCUCCGCGUAUCAUCCUCCGCGUAUCAUCCUCCGCGUAUCAUCCUCCGCGUGUCAUCCUCCUCGUGUCAUCCUCCGCGUAUCAUCCUCCGCGUGUCAUCCUCCGCGUAUCAUCCUCCGCGUAUCAUCCUCCGCGUAUUAUCCUCCGCGUGUCAUCCUCCGCGUAUCAUCCUCCGCGUAUCAUCCUCCGCGUAUCAUCCUCCGCGUAUCAUCCUCCGCGUAUCAUCCUCUGCGUAUCAUCCUCUGCGUAUCAUCCUCUGCGUAUCAUCCUCCGCGUAUCAUCCUCCGCGUAUCAUCCUCCGCGUAUCAUCCUCCGCGUAUCAUCCUCCGCGUAUCAUCCUCCGCGUAUCAUCCUCCGUGUGUCAUCCUCCGCGUAUCAUCCUCCGCGUAUCAUCCUCCGCGUAUCAUCCUCCGCGUAUCAUCCUCCGCGUAUCAUCCUCCGCGUGUCAUCCUCCGCGUAUCAUCCUCCGCGUAUCAUCCUCCGCGUAUCAUCCUCCGCGUGUCAUCCUCCGCGUGUCAUCCUCCGCGUAUCAUCCUCCGCGUAUUAUCCUCCGCGUGUCAUCCUCCGCGUGUCAUCCUCUGCGUAUCAUCCUCCGCGUAUCAUCCUCCGCGUAUCAUCCUCCGCGUAUCAUCCUCUGCGUAUCAUCCUCCGCGUGUCAUCCUCCGCGUAUCAUCCUCCGCGUAUCAUCCUCCGCGUAUCAUCCUCCGCGUGUCAUCCUCCGCGUAUCAUCCUCCGCGUAUCAUCCUCUGCGUAUCAUCCUCCGCGUAUCAUCCUCCGCGUGUCAUCCUCCGCGUAUCAUCCUCCGCGUAUCAUCCUCCGCGUAUCAUCCUCCCCCGGGCUUGGCAGUAUCGCACCCACAACCCCUCACAUUGCACCUGUCGUGUCCACUAUCCCAUCUCUUCUUACUUGCCAAGCCACUCCUCCUUUCUCCCCGAGAAGGUGGCUGAGGCGAGGGGAGAUAUGGCAGUGGCUGAGGUGGCUGAGAUGAGGGGAGACAUGGCAGUGCUGUCACACGCCGCCACAGGCACCACCAUUCUGCUGGCUCUGCCCAUGGGGGGAGGGGAGGACAGCGGCAGCUUCGAGGAUUGGGGGGGAGAUGAGGAGAGUGGGGGUGAAAGGGAUGGGUGUGGGUCAGGGAGUGACGGGGAGUCUGUGGAAUUUGCGAGUGCUGCAAUGCCAGGCGUGCUGGGAUCUGGUCAGGAGCAGGGACCUGGGCAGGAGCAGGAACGUGGGCAGGAGCAGGGACCUGGGCAGGAGCAGGCAAGCCUGCAGCAGUAUCCAUCUGUGCAGCAGCAGCAGCAGCAGCAGCAGCCCCAGCAAGCAUCUGUGCAGCAGCAGGAACCUGGCCAGCAGCAGGCACCUGGGCAGCAGCGGGCACCUCUGCAGCAGCGGGCAGCACGGGCGCGCUCUCACCCCAAGCCACCAACUGGCAUGUUCGAAUCCGUAAAGCGUACAGGAGAGGCGGACAGGGUAUCGCCAGCAGUGGCGGCAGCGCCACCAGAGGAGGGGGUGUUUCCACCACGGUCGCAUUCGCUCCCGAAACCCCGCUCCCACAGGGACGGCAUGGGAGACGCUGAGGGGGGGCAGGUUCGUGCAGGGGCGGCGUGUGAAACUGUAUCAGGCCGGCAGAUAACGCGAGCACAAUCUCUCCAACAGCUGCACAAGCUGCACACGGAGCGUGCAGCAGGGGAGGCGGAGGGGUUGGUGAGAGCAGCAGUGGCGGGGCGGGGCGUGGCGGUGGUGGAUGACAACGCGGUGAACCGCAUGGUGGCAAGGAGAACGCUGCAGGGCUACGGGGCGAAUGUGCUGCUGCUCCCCUCCGGGGAGGAGGCGCUGCAGGCGCUCUCUGAUGCUGCGUCCUCCCCGCCCAUCCAGCUGUUGCUGCUCGACCUCCACAUGCCGCCCGGCAUCGACGGAUUUGAGACGGCUCCUGACUUGGAUGUAGGCGUGAAGCGAGCGUGCUUGGAGGCCGGAAUGGAUGGGGCAGUGAGGAAGCCGAUUGUGGCUCAGGAGCUGCUCUCAGCGCUCAUAACAGCCGGCGUGGCACUGGCUGCUGGCUUGGAUGUGGGAGUGCAGCAAGCAUGCUUAGAGGCAGGGAUGGACGGGGCGAUGAGUGGUGAUGAGUGGGUGCUGUUGGGAGAGCAGUGGAGUGGGCCCUUGCUGGGGGUGCUUGUCUGGUAUGACAACUAG